AUGGUCGUAGCAGCAGUAGCUCAACUCAAAUCCACAUCUGUGAUUGCGGACAACCUAGCCGCUUCAGUGUCUCUUAUACGAUCAGCUGCACUGGCAGGCGCCAAAGCGAUCUUUCUACCGGAAGCCACUGACUUUAUCGCACCCACAGCGCAGGUUGCAUCGCUCACUCGAUCGCGUGACAACCUCGACUUCAUUCGAGGCAUCCAGACCGCUGCGCGCGAAGCAUCCAUCUGGGUCUCGGUCGGCAUCCACGAGCCGCCCUCUUGCCAACAAGACGAAAUUGAUUCUCGCGAUACUAAGGGUCGACUGCGAUGCUACAAUACUCAAUUGUUGAUCGAUCAUUCAGGCGAAAUUCUGGAUCGCUAUCGAAAACUGCAUCUCUUUGACGUUGACAUCAAGGGAGGACUUAAAAUCUUGGAAAGCGAUUCUACGAUCAAGGGGGACCGACUCUUGACGCCGAGACAGACGCCAUUUGGAAAACUAGGCAUGUUGACAUGCUACGAUUUGAGGUUUCCUGAACCGUCCUUGUCCUUGAGGCGGCAAGGUGCGCAGGUCUUGACCUACCCCUCGGCAUUUACAGUAAGAACAGGCGCUGCGCACUGGGAGGUCUUGUUGAGAGCGAGGGCGAUCGAAACUCAGAGCUACGUGCUCGCCGCCGCCCAGGUGGGCGCUCAUGAUGGUACAAAAAGGGUUUCGUGGGGUCAUGCCAUGAUCGUUGAUCCCUGGGGGUCCGUGGUUGCCCAAUGCCCUGAUAUCCAGCCGUACAAACCCACCUUCUGCUUAGCGGAUAUCGAUCUUGACUCGCUCGAAAAUACGCGCCAAGAGAUGCCACUUUGGCAACAGAGGCGGGACGACAUCUUCCCACAAUUCUAG